ACAUGUUCAAUCAGAGCCCUCUGAGACUCAAAACGGCCGCCGAGCCCUUACUGGGCUUGAUAUCACCACGGAACAAGAGCAGUACUUGCUUCGUAGGGUCAAUACCUUCUUCGACAUUAUGUGUGAUGCGAAUCCGAUCUUUUCCAAAACCCGAUUCCUUGCCCGCUAUGGCGAAGGUCAUUGUAGUCCGGAUCUCACGACUACGAUGGUAGCAGUCACAGCCAAAAUAACUAAUAUGGUACAAUCAAUCGACCGCUCAAAACUCGAUACCUGCAUUGACAUGCUACUGACCUCAAGCUUACAAGAUGAUGUUAUGAUAAGUGACUAUGCUUCACUCGAUCAAUUUCGCAAGGCUUGUAUACUUGCAUUUUAUGAGUUCCACCAGUUUCCUGGGCACCAAGCUUGGAUGCGAAUCGGCAGACUAGCCAGGAUAGCAUAUCGUGUGGGACUUGACCGGCUCGAGAGUCUCCGUUCACUGUACUACGACUGGAAUACUAUUGAGGAGGAGGACAUGCAGGAGUGGCGAUCUAUCUGGUGGUGCAUAUAUCGCCUUGAUUCAUACUCCAACAUUGCAUCCGGAACACCAUACGUUGUUGAGGACAACCUAUUCAGCACAUCUCUUUUUGUGGCCCAGACACAUAUGUCGCCAAAUGGCAACAUAACAGCUGGAGAUCUUCGCCUGCCACCCCGAAGCCAAGGCUUUUGGAGCAUAAUCCCCGAUAUCCUCUUAGAUUCCGAAAACGCAUUGAUGAACAUUCACAAUGUCACUGUUGCCGCCAUGCGGCAGGCUGGAUCUAUGGCGCGAGUAUACUUCUUGCGAUCGAAAGAAGAAAGCACCGCAUAUACGGCAGAUCUCGAGCAGCAAAUCUCCGCACUUCGCCUUGCACUUCCGACUCACUGGUUCAGUCCUAGACGCAACGCGUUCUUAAGGGAAUCUCAAGAUGCUCAGCACGGAAGGCUAGUUACAGUCCUUCACCUGCUCAUGGCGCAGCUCAUCUUGUCAGCCAUCAUUUGCACCCAAGGACAGUCAGAAAACUGGCUUGUCGCUUGGGAACGAGUUCUUGAGACUUGUCAGGAUAUUGCCUCCGUCGCAGCGAAUUGGGAUAGUGCAUUUUGUCUAAAAGUAGAUCCUGCCGUCGCAUUCGUCAGUUUUACCGCACUCAUCAUGCUUGAGCUUCAUAGGAAGUCGUCAGCAUUGUCCGACCCGAAUCUGGAGUCGAAAAUUAGAUCGGAUCAAACGGCCCUUCGUUUACAACUUAACCAUUUCGCAAAGGUCUGGAUGCUACCAAAACUUUUGACUUUGUCAUUUGAAAGUUUUGCUGAAUCCAUUCCUGACCGUCUCCCAGAGGAAGAUGUAGUACGUAUUCUGUCGCGCUUUGAGGCUCCUUUGCACCCAAGAUGGCUUCAAUUCCUCUCUUCUGCACAUAUUAUCCCCGAAAUAGUCUAGUCUGAGCUCCUGUGUUGCUCCGCUGCUCCCAGUUUUGAAUGAGAUAGUAUUGAUGAAUAUUUUGCUACAAAUAAGCAACUGUAUA